AUGGGCCUCAAUCAGAACCGCGGGCCCCUGGGUCCCGGCCCGGUCCCGGGCGGCCCCAAACCUCCGAUCCCGCCGCCGCCUCCGCACCAACAGCAGCAGCAGCAACCGCCGCCGCAGCAGCUGCCGCCACAGCAGCCGCCGCCGCUUCAGCCGCCACAUCAGCAGCCGCCGCCGCUCCAGCAGCCGCCGCCAGCGCAGCCUCAGCCGCCGCCGCCACAGGACUCCUCCAAGCCCGUGGUUCCUCCGGGCCCCGGCCCGGCCCCCGGGGUAGGCACCACGCCGCCGGCCUCGGGCACGGCGCCGCCCGCCACUCCGCCGACUUCCGGGGCCACCACGGGGCCAGGCCCCAUCCCGACCCCGCCGCCCGCUGUCACCUCCGCGCCCUCCGGGGCGGCCCCGCCGGCGCCACCGAGCAGCGUGGUCUCCAGCACCCCCCCUCAGGCCGGGGGGCCGCCGCCUCCUCCCGCCGGAGGCCCGGUCCCCGGGCCUAAGCCGGGCCCAGGCCCCGGCGGCCCCAAAGGCGGUAAGAUGCCGGGCGGCCCGAAGCCCGGGGGUGGCCCGGGCCUCGGCGCUCCCGGCGGCCAUCCUAAGCCGCCACACCGAGGAGGCCUGGAGCCCCGCGGAGGACGGCAGCACCACCCCCCGUACCACCAGCAGCACCACCAGGGGCCCCCUCCCGGCGGGCCCGGAGGCCGCAGCGAGGAGAAGAUCUCCGACUCGGAGGGGUUUAAAGCCAACUUGUCUCUCCUGAGAAGACCCGGAGAGAAGACUUACACUCAGCGUUGUAGGUUGUUUGUUGGGAACCUACCUGCAGAUAUUACAGAGGAGGAAUUCAAAAGACUGUUUGCUAAGUAUGGAGAGCCGGGAGAAGUUUUUAUCAACAAAGGCAAAGGAUUUGGAUUCAUUAAGCUUGAAUCCAGGGCACUGGCUGAAAUUGCCAAAGCUGAACUUGAUGACACACCCAUGAGAGGUAGACAGCUUCGGGUUCGCUUUGCCACACAUGCUGCUGCCCUUUCUGUCAGAAAUCUUUCACCUUACGUGUCCAAUGAACUGUUGGAAGAAGCCUUUAGCCAGUUUGGUCCCAUUGAAAGGGCUGUUGUAAUUGUGGACGAUCGUGGAAGAUCUACCGGGAAAGGCAUUGUUGAAUUUGCUUCUAAGCCAGCAGCAAGAAAAGCAUUUGAAAGAUGCAGUGAAGGCGUUUUCUUGCUGACAACAACACCUCGUCCAGUCAUUGUGGAACCACUUGAACAAUUGGAUGAUGAGGAUGGUCUUCCUGAAAAGCUUGCACAGAAGAAUCCAAUGUAUCAAAAGGAGAGAGAAACCCCUCCUCGUUUUGCCCAGCAUGGUACAUUUGAGUAUGAAUAUUCUCAGCGAUGGAAGUCCUUGGAUGAAAUGGAGAAACAGCAAAGGGAACAAGUUGAAAAAAACAUGAAAGAUGCAAAAGACAAACUGGAAAGUGAAAUGGAAGAUGCCUAUCAUGAGCAUCAGGCAAAUCUCCUGCGUCAAGAUCUGAUGCGACGCCAGGAAGAAUUAAGGCGCAUGGAAGAACUUCACAAUCAAGAAAUGCAGAAACGUAAAGAAAUGCAAUUAAGGCAAGAAGAGGAACGACGUAGAAGGGAAGAAGAGAUGAUGAUUCGUCAACGUGAGAUGGAAGAACAAAUGAGACGACAAAGAGAGGAAAGUUAUAGCAGAAUGGGCUACAUGGAUCCAAGAGAAAGAGACAUGAGAAUGGGUGGUGGAGCAGCAAUGAACAUGGGAGAUCCCUAUGGUUCAGGAGGCCAGAAAUUUCCACCAUUAGGUGGUGGUGGCGGCAUAGGUUAUGAAGCUAAUCCUGGAGUUCCACCAGCAACCAUGACUGGUUCCAUGAUGGGAAGCGACAUGGUGCGAAUGAUUGAUGUUGGCUGA